AUGGAAAGUGAGGUGAGCAAGCAGGGUCAAGGGUGGAAGUCUCGAUGUGCAAAUGCCUUCAAUGUCUUCCAUCAGUUCAGGAAUAUUGGAACUUUUGUUGACAUCACAUUGGUUUGUGAUGGACAGGCCUUGAAGGCUCACAAGCUGGUCCUCUGUGCCACAUCUGGAUAUUUUGAGGACAUGCUUCAGAAUGAAACCAAUCCCAACCCCAUCAUCUACAUGUGUGGGGUGCCAUUGCAUCUCAUGAAGCAGUUGCUCAACCUCAUGUACACAGGAAAGGCAGAGAUCGAUCCCCGACACGAGAAGAAGUUCCUUGAGCUUCUUCAAGCCAUGGAAGUAGAGGGUUUUGACAUGAAGGAACCCAAAUAUCUCGCUCCCCAAACUUGUGAUAGCAUUGCACCAGUGUCUCACAUCCACCAGGCCGUUGCACACAAGAGGAAAGUAUCACAUCAAGCAAGUAAGUCUUGUCCUCAGGAAAUCUCUGAAGAGAACACCAGAAAGAAGUCUAUGAGUGUGGCUCCAAAAAAGCAGACUGCAUUUAAACAAGAUGGACCAUCUGACCAAGUCUUUGUUGAGGAAACCAAGGAGAACCUUCCUGAGAAACACAAAGUCACAGCUCGCAAAAGGAAGACGUCAACUCGUCCAGAUGACUUGGAAGUAGAUAAAAAGAAAACAAGGAAGAAGCCUGCUCAGAAGCAAGUCUCACGCAAGGUAAAACAUUGGAGAAAGAAGGCAUCCCAUGACCUUACUGAGAAACAGACUGCAUCAAUUCCUUCUCAGAAUGGAAUGGAGGAGCCAGCUUUGGAUGUCGUUCAAGAUAUAGUGAAGUUUUUAAUAGAUCUGAGCCAAGAGUUGGAACCUUAUGGGGAUCCCAACCUGAAUUUGGUUGAGGCAGGUUUGGAUCUUGGCCAGGAGGAAGCGUUAAAGCCAGUUAUGGAUCCUGUUCAGGAAACAUUGGAGCCAGAUGGGGCUCCCACUCAAAGGCAGGAACAAUCAGAAGCAGCUGUGGAUCCCAGCUAUAGUGCACUGGAACCACUUGUGGAUUCUAGCCAGGAUGAGUUGGAGCCUAUCACGUUCUUUGUGGAUCCCCGCCCUGAGGUAGUGGAGUCUACUGUGGACUCUGGCCAUUCUAGCAUGGAGGAAGAGGCAUUUGAAAGCCUUAUGCAUACCCAGGAUCCUCCAUCGUCUCUCCAGCAGGAAGGGGUGGGAGAACCUAGGACUGGCCCAAGUCAUGAGGGGGUCCCAAGGAGCAUCCCACUUAAUGUUGAUCCAGAGGCGCGUAGUGCUAGUCUUCUGCACAACUGUCCUGGAGGUACGCCCGGUCUGGAAUCCUCAAACACAACUGUCCUUGUAACUGUCUGGCGUGGAAUCCUCACUCCAGUGCAGCUUCGGACCCCUUUUAAAGCUGGUAUCAUGUGUCAAUUCAUCAACGUGUUUGAUGACACGCAUGGGGAUGCCCUCCUGGUUGAACUGGACGAAAAUGGGACCUUGCCCUUUACCACUUUGCGCUCUCAAUUCCAUCUGGCCAUAGGCCUGCAGUAUGAUGAUCCCGUAAUAAAAAGAUGGAAAUGUAUGCAGCACUGCGAAGAAUACAUCCUUCCCCCUCCUGGUGGAUGGGGUGAACGUGUGUAUUUUCGCACGUACCAGGAUACUGUGGCUGUGUCGUCAGUCGUCGUCUCAUCUCCUCUUCCUGCAGCUACAACAACCAGCACUUCCAAACUGCUUCGACCGCUGAAUGGAACACGUCUCAAAUCCAACCCACUGCGCCUCGUGCCCGUUACACUUCAACAGAAGCUGCAGCUACAACACCAAGCCACAGGAAAUGAUGCUCUUAAUGAUCUGGAUGGUUUGCCACCCCUUCCACUGAAAACACAAGCAGACAUAGAUCAAUUUGAGAUCUAUGUCCAAAAUAAUGAAGACAAGUCUCAAAGACUGAUCCACUUGCUCUCUCAGGUGGGAGGAGGUACUGUUGCAGAGGCAACGAGGAAUAUUAUGAGGAAACUUCUCACUACAAAUAUGGCUCUGGAAUACAACUGGACAGGAAAAUUUCACAUGAUCAAGAUGGUUAAGGUUGAAGAAGAGACCAGAGAAGAUGUUCUAGAAUGGUACACUUUCGAGUUUGCUCGAUACUCGUGGCAUACUUAA